AUGGCCUCGUCAGAAGUCGUGGCAGAAGCGUCGAACGUGACGAAUCCGAACGGGAUAGGCGUGGAGUUGGUCACUCAGAUCAUGUAUGAUAUGGUGAGUCGGUCGCACGUCAUCUGAAGGGUUUAUUGUUUGUCUUUUGCGUCGGCUGCAAUUCAAAUCCAUGUUUGUUGUGCGGACGUCGUCAAGUGCUAGCUAGAGGAAAGGCCAAGAUUCUGCACGUUUCCUGGCGGGAAACCGUACUUCCUGCCCGCAACCAAAUCCCAUUAUACUAAAAGCCCUGGCAAUCAUGUUUCACUUCCGCUUUUCUCGCGAAUUCUGGAACAAAAGCGCUCGUGAUUCGAUUCCCCCCCUUUUCUGUGUCUUUGUCUCGAAAUGCGGCGAAACAACCACCAGUGCCGCUCGAAGAAUCCCAUCAAUUAUGCUCAUCGCCGUGAUGACUUUUUGUCGACGUCAAUCGUGUGUGUUGCUGCCACGUCAUUCCACGCGGGGGGGGACUUUGUGGAGCCAAUACAGAAGGAGCAGUUCUGAAACAUCUCGAAAUCCCAGAAUUAGCAUUGAAUAAAGAGCCAAAAGUUACGCAAAGUUAAAGUACGCGACGAAAAAACACGAAACAUGGGCCGGAAAAAAUCUGUCUCGAGAUCCAACUUAUAUUUCAAAAAGCGGCAAAUUUUGUGCUUAACAACUUUUUUGUUGAUCAUUCUAUUCCAAUUGUAAACAGUAUUCACACAUUUCAGAAGAAGUACAAUAUAGUGACGGACGUGUUGCCACCGCCGAAUCACGAAGAUCUUCAUGUCAUGAUCAUGGCCGUAUCAUAUCUUCUUUUGUUUUUAUUAGGUAAGAAUUACUAUAGACUCGGCCGAACGGAAAUAUAAAAAAAGUGUGAGAUGAGGCGGCUUAGAAAUGUCUGCCAACAGGUACCUGUGGCAACGUGGCAGUGCUGACCACAAUCUACCACGUCGUUCGUUCCUCGCGCGCCACUCUCGACAACACGCUCAUCUACGUGAUCGUCCUUUCGUGCGUCGACUUCGGAGUCUGUCUUUCUCUUCCGAUCACUGUCAUUGAUCAGGUUCGAAGAAUCCUUCAGAAUCCCUUUGAACAUCUCCUUCCAGAUUUUGGGCUUCUGGAUGUUCGGAGUGAUUCCCUGUAAGCUGCACGCCGUUUUCGAGAACUUUGGCAAGAUCCUGAGUGCUCUCAUCCUGACGGCGAUGAGUUUCGACCGAUAUGCGGGCGUGUGUCACCCGCAGAAGAAGUUCCUGCGGUCGCGAAACUUUGCGAUCACAAUUCUGCUAGGUACAUCCCCGCUUACCGUAAUCCUCCAACUCAUCUCAAUUCUCAGGCCUCGCCGUCUACGCAUUCAUCUCAUUAUGCCCUCUUCUGUGGUCGUUCACCGCCCGCGAGAUCAUUCUUUACGCCAAGGAAACAGGUGAUCUCCUCAUUUCUGAUCCCCUCCCUCCCCACUAGCUAGCCGUUUCCAAUUCUUUUUCCAAUUUUGUCGUCCAAUUACUUCUCUCGCCGCUAAUACUUUUGGGAUUAAUUGAGUGGUGCGAAGAGAGAGAGAGAGAGAGAGUGAAAAAAAAUGGAAAUUUCAAAAAGAACAAAAGGAUGGAUUUCAGCGCCGAGUACGUUGACACGAAUGAAAAUCGAAAAGUGCACAGUCGACAUCGACUCUUCAAUGUUCACCGCGUUCACUAUUUAUCAGGCAAGUUCCGGACACGCUCAACUUUAAAGUAUUUUGGGGUCCCAAGUUUUGAGCAAGUUUUGAGGGGUACAAGAAAAAAUCGCACGAAAUGACUGAACUAUUUCGACAAUCGAACAAACGGCAGAUUAUCCUUUAGUGCUGAGACUUGCAGUGAACAUACUUUGCACCCUUUGCGGGCCUACAAAACCCUAAACUCCCCCCACAUUUCAGUUCGUCCUCUGCUACUGCUUCCCUCUCGUCCUCAUCGCCUAUUUCUACACGAAACUGCUCAGCAAACUCCGUGAGCAUACACGCACUUUCAAGGUUCAAAUUGCCCAGAAGUUCACAACAAUCGCCAAUUCUCAGAGUUCUCAAAUCCCAUUUCUGCACAUUUCUCUCUACACGCUCGCCGUCGCCUGCUUCUAUUUUCUGUGUUGGACACCGUUCUGGAUGGCCACCGUCUUCGCCGUCUACCUCGAGAAUUCGGCCAACUCCAGCAGUGUGCCGCCUGUUUUCGUCUACAUUAUGUACUUUAUUCACGCGCUUCCGUUCACAAACUCGGCGAUCAAUUGGAUUUUAUACGGUAUGGAAUCGAAACGAAAAAGGCAAUGCAAUGAAAUUCAGGCGCUCUCAAUGGUCAACUGCAGCAGAGAUAUCGAUCGAAUCGGUCGAAUUCCACGAAGAAAACGACGACGGGCACUUCGCAAGCGAUGCAUAACAAGACGUUGACCACUUUGCCCACUGGAUCCGCUUAUCAGGUACGCAACUUGUUCACGACAACUAGAAAAAAAGGAAUUUCCGUGAAAACUCUUCAUUUUGUAUGGGAUUUUUGCAACGAAGCUUCUCGCUAAAUCCAACAAACAAUGAGCGCUCAUUAAUUUUACGUUAAAAAAUACUUUUUUUCAACAAAAAUCCUUCAUCUUUGGGCACGUUUACCUCCAGAACCAAGGAUUCUUUGAAAAAGUGGUCAAGAGAAAGGUUAUUGAACGUCUUGUACUGAAUAACUUUGCAAAUGAUAAUUUGACCCCAAAUCUUGCUGUUCUUGAGUCAUAGUGUAGUUUUUAAACAGUAUUCACUGCGAAAGAGCGAUAAACAAAAUUACGUGAAAGUUCGCCCAACUCUUCUCCAAUUUUUACUGAAAAAGGAGGCUGAGUCGCUACGCAGCCGAUUGUCGAAACGGCGGAAAAAUUUGAAUGAAUGGCUGAAUAAUCCUUGUCCGCCAAAGAGUUAUACCGAAUUUUCGUUAAUUCUUCUGCAAAAACUAAAAGUACAAUGUAUUUUUCAGGUGAACGGUUCGAUGACGUCGAUCGCGGCGGCGGCUGUCUCAUCGGCGCCGACCGGAAGCGUGACGAACGGGCACCACGAAGUGCUCGUGGCGACGUCGAACGCCGACGACGAAGUUGCGAUGGACGUGGUCGACGUGCGUCUGCUCAGCAGUCAUAACCCCACUUUUCUCUGA